AAUCCGUCAGUAAAGACCAGUACCCACCAGGUCUCCCGGUAUCGGUAUGGUGUCGGUCUUUGCGGCUGGCGCUGUCAUGUGAUAUGAAAUGCGUAGAGCUAGUACACCUGGUCACACAUCAUACGUAGUGUCUUGCUACGCCAGCUUUUUUCGAGCGACUUGUAUCAGUUUGGUUUUUCGGCAGUACGGUACCAACAGAUGCCCUCGUCUUCGAUCACUUUUGCUGCCGUAGAGCGGCAGCCGGGCAACAUUCCGUCUCCUCCGGAUGCGGAGACGCGGAUAAAGAUCGUGAAAGUGGGUGAGUGGAUUGUCGAGAAGCUGAAUUGCGGGUUCGAAUGGGAAUUCCAGGCCUGGGAAGCGCAUUUGAGGAAGGAAUACCUUGCGAAAGACUACCCGUUGACGGUAGUGAGAGGAACGCCGGGCGAGAAAAUUCAGCUUACCGCUGACGUUCUGGAAAAGGCCAUGACCUACGCCAAGACGAUGGCCGGCACGGCGGGUGGAGGGAGCACCAGCAGUCUUUUCAACAGACACUCAGGCUCGUCCUCAAGUAGCAAGGAAAUCCCGGGCGCAGGAACAGGAGGAAGACAAGCCAUGCUCGCACAAACUGGCGGCUCGAGCAGUACGGAGGGCUGCGAAAAGGAAAAGCAACCUUCCGCUGGCGGCAAGUACACCGUAGAUAAGCGGGACCACGUCCACGAUCAUAGCGGCCGCGAAGGUCGCGACCAACUUAGCAGCAAGCGUUUUUUAAUCGGAAGCAAAACCAAGACAAGAGUAAAAGAGGACACGUCCUCUCCCAGCGCCAGCUCCGAGUCUGAAGCGUCAUCAUCGAGUUCGAGUGACACCAGUAGUGACAGCGAAAGCUUGAGCAGCUCGUCAAGCAGCUCGUCAAGCAGUGUGCGAAUCAAAAGGCAGACCAACCGUUUGAAAAUCAAGAGAAACUACAACAAGCGUGAAGAAACUCGGAAGACCGACAGAGGUAGGCAAAAAGGGACGAUAGCCAGUGAAAAAAAUGCGAAAAAAUUUCGGGAACGAAGUCCAAAACGGAAGCCAUUAAGAGACAAAGACCGAGAUGAUCGCAGGUACAGCUGUACUUUGGUCGAGUCACGCUCAACAUUUUUAAAAGCCAAGCAGUACUAAAUUUGAGGUCAGGACCAGUUUAAAGCUUUACCAGGCAGUUUCUGUAGUAGCAGCGUGCGAGCGACUCAGGCCAAAGUCAAAAAGCAAGCGCAAAAGCCUUUUUAUCUUUUUUCUCCUUAUCGCUUUUUUCUAGUUACACAACGUCCCUACCGCCGCUUUCGAGCGAGCAUUUGUAAACUUACUCUUUAUGAGUAUUUACAAAAAACUAUCUGAUCUGAUCUGAUCAUGCUUCUGCGCAUCAUGUACCUGUUUGAUGAAAAGCAAAACAUCAUAUCGACACAGGUACGACCAGAGGCAUCGCAAAGUUUCUGGACGUACCGACAAGGGGCCGAACCGCCUUCGGAGGUAG